AUGUUCGCAGAGUCCUCCAUAGCGCGCUGCUCUCUGGGGUGCUGCUUCUCUCGAGACGCCGUCAGCUCGCCGUAUCCAGGCUCUACGGCCGGUCAGCAUGGUGACUCUUCUCACCAGAUCAACGGCCACGAUCACGGCCACGGCCAGGCUGAACCGCCGCUGCACCGCGCCCCUUCACCGUCUGGCGCAUCGACGGCGACCUCUCGCCGCCCGUCACGCUCAGCUGCCAGGCGAGGCGCCAUACCGCUGAACGAACACUUCAACCAGCCUAUCCGCCAGCACGUCUGGAAGAGCAAACGCCGCAUCUGGACCCGGGCGACGAUAGAUAGAGAACGACAGGUCUUUUUCGACACUCGAGUCGCCGGUCGACCAGAGAUAUGGGCUGCGCUGUCCACCGCCCUCUCCCUCCUGCGAGAAGGCGACGUUUCGACGGCCCAGGGCAUCAUCGACGCAGCGGGCAUCACUGUGCCGACGGGGGAUGUCUGCGAAGGGUGCUACGACGAGAGCGGAGCGCUGUACAAGUUUCCAGAAGCCAUAGUCUCGGAUCCUGUGAACCUGGCUGACGACGAUGCUACCGAGGAGAGCUUCAAGUUCGAUGCCGGCGCCGACUUGGAUCCAGCGGACGAUGAGACGUCUACGACCAAGCUGGUGAUGGGCAGCAGCUCGUCUGACGACCUGCUGGACAAGGAAAAGGAACGAAGGCGCGAAGAGAAAGGGAAGUGGAACGAACGGGAUUUGAUCAAGGUCACCGCCCGGCUCAGUGAUCGUGGUGGUCCAGAUGUCGUCGUCAGCAUCGGCAAGGAGCAGACCGUCGCUGCUCUCGCUCGAAGAAUCCAGGUCGAAGCAGGACUCCCUACCAGUACGCGGAUCCAGAUCGUAUAUCUGGGCAAGUUCUUCAGGGAGAGCCACACGCUGCUUGCCCAGGGCUGGAAAGAAGGCAACGUCGUCAACGCCUACGUUAGAUAUCCAAAGCAAAGGCCUUAA